AUGGCGGGCCCGUCCGACGGCGAUCCCGACGGAUGGGUCGAGUUCUGCGAGCGUCAGGCCAAAACCGCCGCCCAGGACUUCGCCAAGGCUUGCUUACAAUAUGUACAAACAGGUACCAACGACUCCACAACGCGAUCUCAAGCCUCGCACAAGGAUCUAUUGAAGAAAUUCGUUGAAUGUUUCUCGGAGCAGUUUGAGUACGAAAUCGGAAAACUAAAGUCGCUGCACAAACUCCCUAACGGCACGCACACUGGUCACGAUGAAAGCGACUAUUCAGAAGACACAGACUCGCCAAAAACACUACAUAAACCUUUUUUCCGAAGGUUAUCUUUCAAGGGUUUAAGGCGUGGAAAGGGAUUAUUUCAUAAGCAGCACUCUGAUGAAGUGGAGCUUUCGACUAAUCUGAACAAACACAACAAGACUAAAUUAGCUAAGAUAGUUGUAGAAUGUAGAAAAGAAGGCUUGGUAAAUUACUUAACUCCAGAGAGUUUAGAGCAGCCUUCAGGUCCACAAAAAUGGGAGAAAUGCAGACUGGCACUAGUAAAAACUGUUGGUGGUUACAUGUUGGAAUUUUAUUCUCCACCAAAGGCACAGAAACCUCGAAGUGGAGUGUUUUGUUUUCUAAUCUCGGAGGCUCGGGAAACUACUGCAUUAGAAAUGCCUGAUCAUGAAAAUACUUUUGUAUUGAAGGCUGAUAACAAUAUGGAAUACGUAAUAGAAGCAGCGGACGUCGACGACAUGAAGUCUUGGUUAGCAACUAUCAAGUACUGCAUGCGGUCACCGCCGACUACACAGCCACCGCCCGAUGCACUACCAGGGUUGCCAGAGCCGGCACCCCCUGACCUGCCACCAAGAAGAGACCUACCUUCUAGUUCUAGUAAUGUCGAUUUAGCUACCGAUAUUACAGAGGAUGCUGAAUUUUUGUAUAACAGUCCAAUAGCAGAAGAGGCGUGUGAGUCGUCGUCGCGCGUGUCUCUGGGUGAGUGGCCGUGGUUCCACGGCACGCUGGCGCGCUCAGCGGCCGCGGGCUGCGUGCUGGCGGGCGGCGCCGCGGGGCACGGCUGCUACCUCGUGCGACAGAGCGAGACGCGACGGGGAGAAUAUGUGCUCACCUUUAAUUUUCAGGGUCGUGCCAAACAUUUACGUAUGACUCUCUCAGAAACCGGCCAAUGCAGAGUCCAACACCUGUGGUUCCCAAACGUCCACGAUAUGUUGGAACACUUCCGUGCCAAUCCCAUCCCGCUGGAGUCCGGCGGGGCUGCUGACGUCACACUCACCGAGUACGUCGUCUGUCAGGACAACAGGCAACAAGUGAGCCACUCUUAG